UGCCCGACCAUCAUUUGAAGUUACUGUGGGUGUCCUUUAGGUGUCUCCUCUGGGAAGCCAUUGUGUGCUUUGAGAGACAGCUGCUGCCCAGCCCCUUGAAUUCAUCAAGUGUGAGGUCAUGUCCAUGACAGUUAUAGUACCUUACGGGGUUUAUUUAAGUCCAGAACUCUCUCCGGUUUUAGAGAAUAUAAGCGCUCCGACAAAUGCUCUUACCCAUUUUUUCCAAAUGAUGUUCCAAGUCCUCUUCCACCCCCUUCCUGUAGCUAUUCUUUCUUCUUUUUUUAAAAAUGUACUGAGAGGUCAACAGUUUUGGGGGCUGAUCCGCCUGUGUUUCACAGAGAUUUCCGUCGUCUGGCCUGUGUGAGCGCAUGCUGUUCUCAUUGCUCUCUAGUUGGGGCUCAGCACACGGUGUCCUCUGAAGGACUUUCUUGUGGUUGGGAUUGAUAUUUUUUUUUCUUUUUAAGAGAUGGAGAGGCAUUGUUUGGAAGGCAGAGUGGAAGAGCCCAUGAACAACUUGAACACUUUUUGCUUUCCCCAGCCACCGAUUACUUCACAAGCGGAGAGGCGGCGUGACGUGGUAGCAUGGAAAGUGGUGCGCCGCUAGCGGGCUCCAGCCGGUUAGAUAAGAAGUGACCUGGGAGAGGAAGGAGGGCUAGUUCAAAUUUGACAUGGAGGCCCGCAGAAGAGGGGAGAGAAAGCUGGAGAGUCACGGCGGGAUUACCCGCGAUAGUGUGUCCGUGGAAAAGGCCAGAACAAAGCGGUCCAUUGGGGUGGGUGAGAGGGAAGAAUGGGGGUAUUACUGGAACUCUCAACAGUCUGGAGUUCUGGCUUUGUACUGGCAUGUUGUUGCCAUGGCAACAGGGUUGUCAUUGGCAGGGGCGUUGGGGAUCUUCCAUGCGUGGGCGGUAAACUCCAUACACGAGAACCUGCUUUGGUUCUCCCACCUGGAGGAGGUUGAGCGUGAAAUCUCUUUUCGGACUGAAUGUGGCCUGUACUACUCCUACUACAAACAGAUGUUGAAGGCCCCCUCCAUUCAGCAAGGCCUCGUCGAGCUCAUCAAUGACAACAUGACCGAAUCCAAGAGAACCAUCAACCUCUUGCAGCGUAUGAACAUAUACCAGGAAGUGUUCCUUAGCAUCCUCUACAGAGUUCUGCCUAUUCAGACUUACCUGGAGCCAGUGUACUUCUACAUCUACACAGUGUUCUCUCUGCAAGCCGUGUACGUCAUCGCUCUCUACAUGACCAGCUGGCUCCUCAGUGGGUCCUGGCUGGCUGGGGUCCUGGCUGGAGUCUGGUACAUUCUUAACAGAAUGGACACCACACGCGUGGAAUUCACCAUCUCGCUCAGGGAAAACUGGUCAAUGCCAUUCUUCGCUCUGCAGGUGGCGGCCAUUACCUGCUACCUACGGCCUCAGCUCAAGCCCAUUCACCAGAGGGUUGUGCUCUGGCUGGUCUUCGUUUCCACCUUCUGUUUCUGCCUCACCUGGCAGUUCAACCAGUUCAUCCUCUUCAUCCAGGCCCUCAUCUUCUUCACUUUGGACGGCCUGGAUUUCCUUACUCCUGAGCAGGUGACAUCGCUGUACCUGGUGCAGGUGAUCAGUCUGCUGUCUGUGUGGCUGCUGCAGUUCUGUAACUCCAUGAUCCUCGGCUCACUGGCCCUCAGCUUUAUUGUGUCUGCUCUCUUCGUCAAACACUUCCAGAGGGGGCUGAAGACAGGGGGGCUGCUGUCGCGACUGGCGAAGCUGGUACUGCACACCUUGUUGGUGCUGGCAUUAGCACUCAGCAUGAAUUAUUUAGCCAAGAGAGCACUGCAGCUGCGGUCUGAUGAGCACAUCUUUAAGUUCAUAAAAGCGAAGUUUGGCCUUGGAGCCACCAGGGACUUUGAUGCUAGUCUGUAUCUCUGUGAGGAUGCCUUCGGGCUGCUCCCUCUGGACACCUUCGAGCGUCUGGCUGGCACGCUCAUGCUCUACCCGUACCUCUCCACCCUCAGUGUGCUGCUCGUCAUGCUGGCACUGGUGGCACUGGCCAACCUCAGUGACUCAGCCUCUGCGCGGACACGCGUGUCCAAAGCCAGAGAUGAGCCAGUCAUCCGCAUGAGGCCAGACGUUGCCUACAAUCUCCUGCACACCGUCUUCUUCGGUCUCUUGGCCUUCAGCACCAUGAGGAUGAAGUACCUGUGGACUGGCCACAUGUGUUCCUUCGCUGCCUUCGGUGUGUGUGGCAAGGACAUCUGGCAGCUCUACCUGAGGGUCAUUCACUGCAGUAGCAAAGCCAAGUUAAGGCUAAUCAGGUACACGGUUCCAAUUGUAGUUCUUGCAUUUCUUUAUUACAAGUUCUGGCCCAGAAUAAUGGAAGAAGUCUCUGAACUGAGGGAAUUCUUUGACCCAGACACCGUGGAGCUUAUGACCUGGAUAAGCUCAAAGACCCCCAAGAAAGCAGUGUUUGCAGGCAGCAUGCAGCUACUGGCUGGGAUAAAGCUCUGCACGGGGAGAGUCUUGACCAACCAUCCACACUAUGAAGACAAGGCCCUGAGGGAGAGAACCAGACAGGUGUACCAGGUGUAUGCGCGUCAGUCUCCGGAGGAGGUCCACCGUGUGCUGCGUGCGGCGGGAGCCGACUACGUGGUGCUGGAGGACAGCAUCUGCUACGAGAGGAGACACAGCCGCGGCUGCCGCCUCCGAGACCUGCUGGACCUGGCCAAUGGACAUGAGAUGGACGGCCCGGGAGAGAACGACCCGGACCUCGUGGCGUCGCCUGACCCGAGGUUCUGCGACGCCGUCAAGACGGACUCUCCGCUCUACUCGUCCUUGUUCACGCGCGUUUUCAAGAACAAGACUUUCAACGUGUACCGGCUGACGAAGCCCAAGAAGAAGGCCAGAGGGGAGGGGAAGGCGGGGAAUGGGGACGCCUAGGCGAGCCGGCCACCCCCCUCCCCCCUCCCUUCUCCUCCAGCCUCUCCAACAUGACUGGCAUCCUGAGGUCUGGUAUGUGUGAUCACACCAGAGAAGGGGAAAAGAGCAAAUGAAGGGUAGUUGGGGUGCACAUAUGUGUGUGUGUGUGUGUGUGUGUGUGUGUGUGUGUGUGUGUGUGUGUGUGUGUGUGUGUGUGUGUGUGUGAGAGAGUGUGUGUGUGUUGAGGAGGGGAAGGCCUGGAAGAGAGAUGUUGAUUGGAAAAAGCUGCCCUGAUUGAGGCUGCUAGACAGACGGAUGAUCUCAUGCAUACCAAUCUUGGGCUCAGAAUCAGGCAGCAGAGACAACAGGGAAAGAGAGGACCAAAACACUUCUCCAGAAAGCGAAGGCAACACAAUGUCUUUUAACCCCCUCUUGCUCAAACCACACACACACACACACACACACACGCACACACACACACAUACACACACACACACACACACACACACACACACACACACACAUACACACACACACACACACACACACACACACACAUGCACACAGAGCUUUUCUUGCCUCUUUUACUGAGUUACAACUAAAGGCAAACUAAAGGAGCUGGGACGACAGUGGAUAAAAAUGGGAGAGCCUUUGAUAUACGGGAGUGAUGUUGAAAGAGUCGGAGUGGUUUGAGCAAUUGAGAGGAGUCCGGGCUCCAUCACAGCCCAGCUCCAAGUGCCGAACCCAGACACACUGUCAUGUCUUCAUCUGACUCCGAGAAGCCUUUUCAUUUUUAAUAACCACACUCAGCAAUUGUGCGCUGCCAGGGAACACACACACACACACACACACACACAUACACACAAACAAAAAAUGUGUGUGAAUGCGAUAAGUGCCAUACACUCAGAGUGCAGUAUAGAGCUUGAUGGUCUUAUCACUGUGAAUAUCAUUGUCUAUUCAUUACUUUAAUUGGAGGUACAAUUUAGAUUAGUCUUUUUUUUUUUAUAUUUCCUUUAAUGGUACUGAUAAGAUGUUUAUGUAAAUUGUGUUCAUACGCCGAGUGUUAACGGUAUUUAUAGUGUUUCAUCUAGCUUGUUAAACCCUUGAGACCCGGGCCAAGUUGUUAUUUCGAAUCUUCAGUACAAUGCACAGCAAAAAAGGUUGCACUCAAGAGGCACCAAACAAAUGAGUGUAUGAAUUCAACAUUCUCACAUGGUAAAUUAAGCCUUAAUUAGGCAGAACGUGGAUGCCCUCACAGUUAUUGUCAACUAACCUCUUUGCCCUAGCCCUAAUUAUCGAAGCAGCCCCAUUAAGGGGGCAAGACGCUGAAUGUUAAUUCAUAUUUUCAAAGCUUUUGUCUUCUUGAGUCGUUUAUUAUUUACAUUUUUUUUUUUUUAUUUGAUUUAACUGCUGACUUGGAAAGCUUUCUACAGGGUCAUACGUAGUGUUAAACGUUUUGUUCGUAGGUAUGUAUUCACAUCCAGUAACGUGGCAUGAUCCUAUUUGUAUUUCACUGGCAAUUCAUGAAUCAGAAGGCUGACUUGAUGCAAGUGCCUUGCUGUUAAUCUCCAUAAAAUAAUAAGGAAAUGUAUGGUAUGGUGGGUUUGUAUGGUUUCAGUCAGAUGGCUAGCAUUUGGGCUGCACUUUGUCUUUUUUAACUUCUUCUUCACUGUAUUUUUGCCCAUGUUGCUGUUUCUCCCAGUCGUGCUCUAAAUAAGGUGGGGAACUCUGA